AUGCGGCUUGCACCUCGAGUGUGCAACAUGGUGCAGUCUGGGACCCGCACUGGCAACAUUCGUUUCAUUCGGCAGCACACGCAGGUGGCCGAGCUGUCGGCUUGUGCCGACGAGCUCGUGGCCGUGCGGUCGGAGGAGCCGCGCGAGCCUGGCGGGGCGACCACCGCCCAGGAUCUGUGCCAUGAGCUGCAGCAGUACUUGUCGGAUCGCUUCUGUGCCUCGCUCGGGGGCCAGCUGGUGCGUGUGUUUUUCGUCUGCGGCACGGACGCGGCUGAGAAGAGCAAGCUCUACUCGGGCGUCCUGCCCAACCAGGAGCUCGGCGUGGUCGUCGUGCCGAGGGGGGACGAGGAACCGCGCCUCGAGGUGCCUAGCAGGCUCGUCUUCGUGGCCGAUCCCAUCCCAGGAGACGUGUGGGCUUUCAGCUCUUCGAGGUUGCGCGAGGCAAUUAAGGGCCGCGUGCACCGGGCGGAUCUCGCGAGGCUGCUGCGGCUCAUCGACCCCUCGUGGACGGAGAAGGAGAUGGGCGCCCUCAUGGGGAGCGCCGGGGUGUCCGCCGACGGCACGGUGUCCCCCGACGGCUUCAUCGACUGGCUCUGCAGCUGCUGCCAGGACGGCGUGCUCCGGGAUCAGCGGCUCGAGCCCGCUUUUUCGGGGCGCCCGCGUGAUCUCAGGGGUCGGUGA